AUGGCAAGCAACUCUGUACACAGCACCCCUGACUCGUCGGCUAUGGAAGAUGCAGUCAGAUUCUACCAGGCGGCGGCGCAGGGGCAACCAAACCCGUCGGAAACAUCUGCAUACAAGUCUGUUGACCCCCUGGCAUUUGAGAUGUCACGUGUCCCUAUGCGGACUCCUAGACCGCUCAAGAUUGUCUGUUGUGGCGCUGGCAUCAGCGGAUUGAACCUUGCACAUGAGGUCGAAACGGGCAGCUUUGCGAACUGUGAGCUGAAAAUCUACGAGAAGAACUCUGAUCUUGGGGGGACGUGGUUCGAGAAUCGGUAUCCAGGCUGCGAUAUACCUAUCCAUAACUAUCAGUUCAAUUGGGCUCCAAACCCCCAUUUUCCAAGUUUCUACACAGGCAGCCAGGACAUUUACAACUAUCUCAAGGACGUUGCCGACCAGCACAAUCUUGGACAGUACAUCAAGCUCAGCCACAAGAUAAUCGGCGCCAAGUGGUUCGAGGAGCGUCAAAAGUGGCAGAUCCAAAUUACAAAAGACGGUGAGAAGGGCGAACCCUUCAUCGAAGAGUGCGAUAUCUUUAUCAACGCCAGCGGCGCUUACAACAAUUGGCGCUGGCCGGCAAUCCCCAAUCGCGAGACCUACAGGGGAAACAUGAUGCACUCGGCGGCAUGGCCCGAUGCCGAUUAUGUAACAGGCCGCACAGUCACUCUCAUUGGAAAUGGAAGUUCCGGCAUUCAGAUCCUGCCAGCCAUCCUCGAUAAAGCAGACAAAAUUCAUGUAAUGCUACGCAGCAAAACCUGGGUCACGCCGUCCCUCGCAAACCGAUUCGCUGGCGAGAACGGCGCAAAUAAGAUUUACACUGAUAACGAAAAAGAAGGCUGGGCCAAGGAUCCUGAAGCAUAUUAUAGGUAUCGAAAGGAGAUCGAAAAUGAGCUGAACGCUCGGUUUCGCCUUUAUCUUAAGGAUUCCAAGGCUCAGAAAAUGGGAAGAGAAGUCACUAAACAACAGAUGAUUGGGAAGUUAUCUGCGAAGCCAGAGCUUGCCAAUGACUUGAUCCCGGACUUCCCUGUCGGAUGCCGACGACCCACCCCAGGCAACGGCUUUCUCGAGGCACUGAGCUCUCCCAAAGUCGAGAUCAUCUGGGGCGAGAUCGAUUCCUUUAACGAAACCGGUCUGAGGACUGCGUCAGGAAGGCAGGUCAACUCUGAUACUAUCAUCUGUGCAACCGGCUUCAAUAUGGGCUUCGUACCCAGAUUUCCUAUCCUCGGCUCAGAUGGCCGUGAUCUUCGGGAAGUAUGGACAAAAGAGCUUCCCACUGCCUACCUGAGCGUGACAGUGAACAAGAUGCCGAACUACUUCGUCAUGAUGGGACCUCAGAGCCCGCUUGGCCAUGGGUCCAUCACAGGCUCUAUUGAAAAGGUGACAGGGUAUAUUCAGAAGCUGGUGUACAAGCUACAAACAGAAGGAUAUGCGUCACUGGUUCCGAGACAAGUCGUCACGGGUGCGUGGGUGGCACACGCGAUGAAGUGGAUGGAGAAGACGGUUUGGGUAGAGGGCUGUGCCAGUUCAUUCAAAAAUGGCAGUUCUGGUAGAACAGUUGUGUCACUUCACCCAGGGUCUCGCCUGCAUUACUUCAACCUACUUGAGCGACCACGAUACGAAGAUUUUGAAUGGACACCGCUGUCCGCCGAUCCAUCGAGCAUGUUCGCCUGGCUUGGAGAUGGUUUCACCGCUGCUGAGGGCAGUGUAGGGGCAGACCUUUCGUGA